UCUUUUUUAAUUUGCAGUUUCAAGUAUAUCAGGAAUUCUCACAAGCCACCGAUCGUUGCACCACCAUAAAGUUGCGUCUUUACCACGUACCAUCACGUCGAUACCGUUCUGUCUGGUAUCUGCAGUAUGCGGACUGGGCGGAGCAAAAUUGUCCGCGUGACGUAAAUCACUUUCUCGGCUUUCUAGAAGAGUUGAGCUCCGUAAGACUCGCAUCCACACAAGAAGUUCCGCCGGGGCACAACACAAACCCACCGGUUCUUUUACAUUGCAUGGAGGGAGGUGGUCGUUCGGGAGUGACCCUGACUGCGGAUCUUUUGUUCUACACUCUGAAUCAUAACGAGGACCUAGACAUAUCUCGUGUGGUUGGCCAGCUUCGGCAUCAGCGGGACAGCAUUAUACCAUCCUUGGCACAAUACAAGUUUAUAUACAAUCUCCUAAUAUCCUACUUAAAGCGCUCUAGGUUAAUCUAAGGUUGAUUCUAAUAACCUGUAAAUUUUAACUAAACAAAAUGUAUCUCAAUAGGUAGCUGUUGUUCGUUAAAUCUUAAUGUUUUGAUAGCAGCUUGUUCUUACGAUAUAUAUUUGUUUUAUAAACUUUACCGCUUACAUCGGUAAGCGAACCGCUGCUCUCAAGAUUACACUCUUUAUUUGCUUAUAAGUGAUUAUUUGUGAAACGUAUCAAGAUUAUGGUCAUAAAACUAUUUCAUAUUUUUGUCACGAUAAUUUACCAUUCUUAUAGGGUUAAAAAAAAUCCAUUUG